AUGAGCGCUGAUAUGGACACGUUUUUAGCACGUCUAGCCAGCUUCGAUGCGGUGUUGAAGCUGGAAAAGCGAAGGUCGUCAACAACGAAGGGCUCCAGUGUGAUCUCAUGGCCGCAUCAAAGUCCUUCGCCCGCCGAGUUGGCACAUGCCGGCUUUUACUACAAACCAUACGAGACCAACCCUGACAACACAACCUGCUUUCACUGCGAUCGAGCGCUAGACGGCUGGGAAGAGGAUGACAAUCCCAUUACAGAGCAUCUUAAGCACUCACCAGACUGCGCAUGGGCAAUUAUGAUGGAUAUUCAGCAGAGCAGUUCCAACCCGACAACGAUAGAGGACCCAAAUAGCGAGAGGAUUGUACAAGCGCGCAUUGGAACAUUUGGGACACAUUGGCCGCAUGACGGCAAGCGCGGUUGGCUCUGCCAGUCGGAAAAGAUGGUUGAAGCAGGAUGGUAUUUCUGUCCCAACGAUGACAGCGACGACCUGGCCAGCUGUGCCUAUUGCAAAUUGUCCCUCGAUGGCUGGGAGCCCAAGGACGAUCCUUUUGACGAGCAUCAUCGCCGCUCCCCCGAUUGUUCUUUCUUCGUUUUUGCACAGCUUCCAGGAAAGAAGGGAAAAGCUAAAGGGAAAAGGGGACGUCCAUCAAAAGCCUCCUCACGACUGUCUACACAGUCUGUCGCAACGUCUGCCUCAGAAAUGCCCGACAGAUCGGAGAUGGAGAUCGAUGGGGAAAUGGAUGAAGACGUGGUGACCAAAACAACAACCAAGGCCAAAUCCUCAAAGAAGGGACCAAAAGGCAAGACGAAGCAAACCAAGAAGGAAGACUUGGAGGGUCCGAGUCAGUCUGAGAUUGAUACCACGGAGCCCUUGCAACCAGAGCCGCCCAAGCAGAAACGACCCGGCAGGCCAAAGAAGCGAGUCAGUGAGGAAAUUUCCAAAGAUACUGAAUUCGAAUCCCUUCAAGAAUCGGGACCGGCAACCGCUGAAGAGCCACCAUUGAAGCGUCGCGCUACACGAACGCGUAGCAGUAGUGUGACACGCACCUACAAGAGUGAAAUGCAUGACCAGUCGAUGCCUGAUGCGGCGUCAAUGGACGAAGUCGAAUCCGAUGAGCCUAAAAGAGGUCGGAAGGGAUCCAAGAAAGGAACCUCAAAGAACAGAAAAGCGUCUGAUGUCUCCGUUAUUUCUAAAAGCACCGCAAGAACGCGCCUUCCGAGGGACUCAGAGCUUGAGGCUGAGCUGGCAGCAGGUCUUGAGGCGGAUGAUCUCGAUUCAAACAUCCCUCGCUCACUACAGGAUGCUGAGACGGAAGCCAGCAUAAGAAAAGCGACGGAAGCGGAGCCGCAGCGAAAGAAGGGUCGACCCGCAAAAAAGACCAAGGCGGGGAAGAAGUCAAAAGCCGUUGAAAAUGCUGGCGAUCCAGAGCUUGAUGAUUCGUCACUCGCUCCCCCUUCGCCUCGCCAACAGGCUCAUGCGUCGAAAAGGUUGUCCAGUAUGGCUGAUUUCACAGAUGAUGAGGAAGUCAUUGCCAUCAAACCAAAGCCCACCAAAACCUCCAAGAAAAAGGCAAUAAAGAAGGCUAAAAAGGAUGAACCUGCGCAUGAAGAGGAGGACGAAAUGUCAGUUUCUUUAACUCAGCAUGAUGAACCCGAGCAGCAUGAAUCUUUUGCCACAAUGGAUGUUGCAGACGACGGGGCAGACUCUAUGCCAGAAGAUGUCGAGCAAAGGCCAGCCACGAAACCUUCAAAGAAGAAGACUUCCAAGAAGGAAGAGAAGCCCGCGAAGUUGAAAAAAAUCAAGGCACCAGAACCAACUCCCCCACCGGCAAGCCCGAGUCCAGAGCCUGUCCAAGACAAGACCCCUCUCGCAUCUUCGCCGGGUGAUGAGGAGGAAUUUGACUCCACGGAUGAUCUGCCCGACCAAAUACAGGCGGUUCUGUCCUCGGAGGCGCUUUCUCCCGAUCCAAGAUCUACCCAAGAACGAACGCCAGUGCCACCAAAGACAACGAAACGAUUUAGUGAUAUACCCGCAGAGCAACACUUUGCACGAUCAUUGACAGAGUCGCACAGCUCCCAGAGGCACUCACAAUCAGCAUCGCGAGUGUCUCAUGGGGCGGAGUCGCCCAUGCCCGUGCCACAUCAGAGCACGCCAUCUCUAUCACCACAGUCAUCCGACGCUGAGAACCGGCCUCCGUCGUCGCUUCCCUCUGCGAGACGGCCACUGGUUGUGUCAUCGCCCGCAAAGGAAAAGAUAGUUGAAGAUCCGCAUCUAGCUGCCACUCCGUCGCCUUCCAAGCGUACAUUGAAUGCUGGCUUUCCGGCUUCGCUACAUCCGUGGACACCAGUUGAUAUCGAAGAAGUCCUCUUUGGAGAGAACAGCGACAAGGAGAACGGCGACCUAGCUGGUCUUCUGAAUGGAGCCAAAGCCGGGUUGACAAGUCCUGAAAAGCGAAUGACUGUGGAGGCGUGGAUCUUGUGGAACGCAAAGAAUGGAGAAGAGCGGCUGAAGCGAGAGUGCGAACGACUUGUCAGUCAAUUUGAGAAGGAGGGCGAUCGAGCAAUGCGACGCCUCGAGGCGAUCGAGUGCGUCGACUAA